AUGGAAGGAAAGAAACAGCACAUGGCUAAUGAUUCCCACAGCAAGUUCUUCAGCUCCUCCAGCGUCUUCGUCGUCCGCAAGGACCAAGACAUCUACGUACAGACCUUGCGCAAGCUCUUCAACGAGUCGCACGGCAUCUUCAUCGGCCUCCAGAGGAGCGAGGAAGAAUUCGCCGGGAAAUCCAGGAAAACACAAUUGGUUCAAGUGAGUAAAAACUACCGCUCGGUCAUAAGAGCCUGUAUGGAGGACAUGCACCAGGCAGCUGUUUCAGCUCGGGACCCUGCCCUGCACAGCCAGUAUAGUACUCAGGUUUCUAUUCUUUCUGCGAUGGAGCUGAUCUGGAACUUGUGUGAGAUCCUGUUUGUUGAAGCAGCUGUAGCUGGUCCCCUCCUGCUUCGCCUCCUUGACUGGGUUCGACUUCAUGUCUGUGAUGUAGACAACAUGGUCCGUGAAGUUCUGAGCAGUGAAAAUCCAUCAAAACACGAGCUCUUCUGGAAUGUGGUGGAUGUCUUUGUGCUGCAAGGCCGAAUGGAUGAAGCGCGGCACUUACUCUCUAAGGAAGCCAGUGCCAAUCCCACGUCAGUGCACAUGUGCAGAAUCUUGGAUGACUUAAUGAAGAAGAUGCCUGUGCCCAGUCUUGGCAACACCCAGACACUCACCGAGAUGGAGCUGAAAUGGCAGCACUGGCAUGAAGAAUGUCAGCGGUAUCUACAGGACAGAACUUUUGCUUCCAAUUCCCACAUGGAAUCCAUCUGCAAGAUCUUGCUGGGUGAUGAGAAUGCCAUACUGGAGAAAAAGGACCUCAUGACUACUUGGUACCACUUUCUGGUUACCCGACUCCUCUACUCCCAUCCCACUGUGAAGCCAAUGGAACUGCGUUUCUAUGCACAGUCUAGUAUGGACCUGUUCCUGGGUGGAGAAAGCAGCCCUGAGCCUCUAGACAUCAUUUUAAUGGCAGCCUUUGAAUUCGAGAUGCAUCAAGUGAUCAAGGAAUGCAGCAUUGCCCUCAGCAACUGGUGGUUUGUGGCUCAUCUGACUGACCUCCUGGAUCACUGUAAACUCCUGCAGUCUCACAAUCUCUAUUUUGGUUCAAACAUGCGUGAAUUCCUUCUACUAGAGUAUGCCUCCGGACUCUUCUCCCAUCACAGUCUGUGGCAGCAGGGGGUAGAUUACUUUGACCACUGUCCAGAAUAUGGGAGGGUUUAUUUGGAGCUGCAUAUUGAGCGGAUACCCCUUAACACAGAACAAAAGGCUCUCAAAGUGCUGAGGAUCUGCGAGCAGAGACAGAUGCAUGAACAAGUUCGUAGCAUCUGUAAAAUCAUGGCCAUGAAAGCGCUGCGGAACAAUCGCUUGGGCUCUGCCCUGUCUUGGAGCAUCAGAGCUAAGGAUGCGGCUUUUGCUACACUAAUAUCAGACAGAUUCCUCAAGGAUUAUUGUGAAAAGGGAUGCUUCUCUGACUUAGACCUCAUUGAUAAUUUGGGACCAUCCAUGCUUCUCAGUGACCGUCUGACAUUUCUUGGGAAGUACCGAGAAUUCCACCGGCUGUAUGGUGAGAAGAGGUUCUCUGAAGCUGCCAAGCUGCUUCUGAUGUUGAUGACUGCUCAUAUUGCUCCUUGCUCCUUCUGGAUGACCCUGCUGACAGAUGCCCUUCCCCUGCUGGAGCAGAAAGAGGUCAUAUUUUCAGCAGAGCAGACUUACGAAUUGAUGCGAUGUCUGGAAGACUUGACAGCAGGGAAGUCAGAUAAGCAGAAAUUCCAGGAUGACGACGUUGAGACUAUGAAAGUGGAAAUGCUGAGACUUGCUCUUGCACGAAAUCUUGCACGAGUCAUCGUCAAAGAAGGCACAUUGGAAGGAUCUUGAAGAAAGCAAUGUGUUAUUUUAUUCUUCUUCUGUGGUUCACUGUACAUAAACCUGACUGCUUUUCUAAGAAUAAAUGUCUUGUUUUGCAUAUUGCUUGGUGAUUUGUUCUUGUCUUCUGUAAAUAUAAUUUUAAAACCCUUAAAGAUAACUUCUAAAAACCAAGCUGCAUCAAAACAUUAAGGUUGCUUGCUCAAAGUUGGACUGGCAACCUUCCCAUUGUAAAGCAAGUCUCAUUAGCAAUGGCAACAUAACCUUUGGUUUUUUCAGUUGCAUUGCCUCUAGUAUCCAGAACUGAAUUUGUGCCUACCUUUUAAAUUGCUGGGGUUUUAGAAAACAGCAGCUUUGGCCCUUAUGGUUAGUCUAGGUGGUCUUGAGAUGAUGGGUUGAGUUCGAGGCCCUUUCUGGACACCUAGUACUUCACAAGCAAUCAUUACUAAGGCCAGCCACGGAGCAAAGUAGGGAAACCAAUUUAUUUAACAUGCAGCAGAACAAAUGCAUUUGAGACAUAUUUACAGUACGGCUGUUCGGUAUGAAGCUGGAACCUCAACCUACAAACAAGUAACAUUUCAUGAUUUAAUUUCCAAAGCUUGUAACAAUGCAUUGCCAUAGGGCAAAACAAUAGGAUCUUUCCAUUUUGCUUUGCUGCACAGGCAAUGCACUGCCAUUUACACUGAGAACAAAGCCAUUCUUCAGAAAGCACUUGUGCUCUUCUGACUUCCUCAAAGUCACAGUGAGAUUCACGUGUAGGCAUUUAAAGCAGUGAAACCUGCUUCCUAAGGACACACUACAGCACCUGGGCAGAUUUAAAUGAUUUAAGCAAUACCCCUAGGCUUACUGUGUCUAAAGUGCGGGCAAGAACAUGUCUGAGGCAGAAAGAAUUCUUUCCUUGUCCCCCAUCCUAUUCCAUCACUUUAAAACUGCUGCUUUCUUUGAGGAUCCACAAGACCUAACCAUCCUUCUUGCCUGCUUUCUACUUCAGGGAGCUGACAAGGCUGUAAUCCUUAUGAGCUUCAGCCCAAGAGUUUACAGCAAGUUCCUUGGCCAAGCUUUGACUUUAUCUUCAGGGCUACAGCUCUGCCUGGAGCUCCUGACUAGGUCCUCAGGCUUUCAGUCCACUGAGUUUUUGACUUCUAGUGUUUUUAACUUGUCAUCAGUGAAGAAAAUUCAGCUGCUGUAAACAUCCGCCUAAGACAGCUAGAAAUAACUCGGAGCUGUAUUUGUACUAAUAGGUUUUAUAGCCUCCAUUAAUUCCAGCAGCAUUUUCUCCUCUGGAGUUUUCUUCCUACAGUAGGCAGGGGGUCUCCUCCUGCGUAUUGAUUUUCUUAGCGCUUUGACUGCUCCUGUUCAUAGUCAUAAGAGCUGCUGCUUGACAGCACUGCUGGAAGUACUGAGCGUAGUCAGUGUCCAAGGACCCAGCCCUCCUGUGCUUUUGUCAAAAGAUGUAAAAAAAAAAAAAAAA